UUUAUUUAAAACCAUCAGAUCCGUCACGUGAACGGUUGCUCCGAGAUUUGGAGUCUUUCGAAAGUAAAAACAUUAAUAUUAUAAUAAAAACCACAAUGUAAAACAGUAAUAAAAUGGACUCUAAAAGAGUGUUUACUCUUAUUAAGUAGACAAAACAAGACAAAAACUUACAUCUACUUAUCUUCUUCUCCUCCUCCUCCUUCUUUACAGUCUUCACUCUUCACCAAACCCUUAAUAAAUCCUCUGGUUCUCGUAUAUAUACACACACACUUAUACAUACAUACAUACUUAUAUCUAUAGACUAUAGCCAUGGGUGAAGGGGAAGCCAAAGCAGAUCACAAGAACGCUCCCUCCGCUUCUUCAACGCCGGAAUCUUACUCUAAAGGUGGAGGAGGCGGCGGUGGAGGUGCACUCCGCGCAAUCUGCGGCGCGAUCUUCACUGUCCUCAUCUUACUAGGUAUCAUCGCUUUAAUCCUUUGGCUCGUCUACCGUCCACACAAACCACGUCUCACCGUCGUCGGAGCCGCCAUCUACGACCUCAAUUUCACGGCGCCGCCGUUAAUCUCAACCUCCGUUCAGUUCAGCGUUUUGGCAAGAAACCCUAACCGGAGAGUAUCAAUUCACUACGACAAGCUCUCUAUGUACGUAACGUACAAAGAUCAGAUCAUAACACCGCCGCUUCCGUUACCGCCGCUUCGUUUAGGACAUAAAUCUACGGUGGUGAUAGCUCCGGUGAUGGGAGGCAACGGUAUACCAGUUUCGCCGGAAGUGGCUAACGGUUUGAAGAAUGAUGAAGCUUACGGUGUCGUUUUGAUGAGAGUGGUGAUUUUAGGGAGGCUCCGAUGGAAAGCUGGUGCGAUUAAGACUGGACGGUAUGGAUUUUAUGCCAGGUGUGAUGUGUGGUUGAGAUUUAAUCCAUCUUCUAAUGGACAAGUUCCUCUUCUCGCUCCUUCAACUUGUAAAGUUGAUGUCUAGUCUUAAAUUUUAUUUUGUAAUGUUUUUUUUUUUAUUAAAAUUUUGUGUUUUUAAAAAGUUUUAAAAUGGAAAUUAGAAUUGUAAUCUUUUUUUUUUUUUUUAAUCAUGCUAGUGUUGGUUUCGUCGAGUCUAGUGUAAUAAUAAUUAAGAGGCAUAAGCCAAAAAAUUUAAGUACACAAGUAUUUCUACUUUACAUUCUACUUAUGAUAUUUAUUUUAUUUUUCAGUUGUUGGACUUGGAUCUGUGGAUGUUAAUUAAUGAAACUUGACUAUACAAA